CUUGUCUCUCAUCACUCGGCCACAGAGGCGUUGCAGGCGGCCGUGAAUUUGCACACGGUGCACCCGACGUCAGUCAUGUUCAAAAAGAAGAAUCCAGAAAAAAUGUCCCUCGUGCCUGAAGUGAGGAAGACAUACACUGAGGGAAGUGCUCCCAACCAGGUGGCAUUUCAGAUGGACGGCACCAGUGGCGUCAAGCAUUGCCACGACAACAGCCAUGCGCAGGAGGAUCGCGAACGAGAGAAGAAAUUUGCCAGGAAGAGGUUGUAUGUGGUAUCUGUCAUCUGCCUGAUUUUCAUGAUCGGUGAAAUCCUUGGUGGGUAUUUUGCAGGCAGUCUUGCGGUGAUGACAGACGCUGCCCACCUGCUGGUGGACUUCACCAGCUUCAUCAUCAGCCUGUUAUCCCUCUGGCUCUCCUCCAGACCUGCUACACACAAGCUCAGUUAUGGCUGGCAUCGUGCAGAGAUCCUGGGUGCGCUGCUGUCAGUUUUCACCAUCUGGCUUGUAACGGGAGUGUUGGUUUACCUGGCUGUGGAGCGCCUCAUCAACGAUGACUACACAAUCGAAGGCACUAUCAUGCUCGUUACCUCUGGUUGUGCUGUGUUGGCUAAUAUUAUCAUGGCCCUCACCCUUCACCAGUCUGGACACGGCCACAGUCACGGUGGUCUCAGCUCUCACGGGCAUGGCCACAGUCACGAGACAGGAAAAAAACACGGUCAGACCUCAAACCACAGCCACUCAAAUGAUAACCAUGUAGACUUGGAGCAAAAAGGGUCCAGUCAUGGAGGGAAGGCUCAGCAGGCCAAUGCGAGUGUGCGAGCGGCCUUCGUCCAUGUGGUGGGAGAUCUUUUACAGAGCAUCAGUGUGCUUGUCAGCGCCAUCAUCAUCUUCUUCAAGCCAGAAUAUAAGAUUGCUGAUCCCAUCUGCACCUUCCUGUUCUCCAUAUUUGUCUUGUGCACCACCUUCACCAUCAUGAGGGAUAUUCUUAUUGUUCUGAUGGAAGGUACUCCAGCAGGGGUAAAAUACGGCGAGGUGCGGGAUGGUCUGCUGACAGUGAAGGGAGUGACAGCGGUCCACAACCUUCACAUCUGGGCCCUCACUAUGAACCAGGCUGUACUGUCUGCACACGUAGCCAUAGAUGAGUCAGUGGAUGCUCAGACUGUCCUAAGAGAAAUGACACAGGCUUGUUUCUCCUCCUACAACUUCCACUCUGUUACGAUUCAAAUGGAGAGACAGGCCGACCUGAAGCCUGGAUGUACCCUGUGUGAGGAACCCAAGAUGUAGGAGCAUGCUCAGAUUCUCUGUCUGAUCCUGGCACAAUAAGGCCAAUCUAUGCUUUAACUGCUUUAACCUCUGGUGAUAACACUAUUUUGUUGUUCUGCAUUGCUCAUUGGGCCCUAGGGUCUUAUUGUGACAAUACCAAAGUGUCAUGACUGCGCCUUAAGUGCCUUUUGUGUUGACAUUCCCGAAGAAAUGUUGAUAUUGAAAUAACAGUGAGCCUAAAUGAAAGACAAGCUUUCUUGACUGAAAUGAUUUUUAGAAGAAAACCUCCCCUUGCACAUCCUCAUGUGAAGUUUUAACUUAUUUAAAACUUUAAUAUUCACAAGUUCUCUUUUCUUUUUAAGUAUAUUCAUGUUGAGACACACACAUUCCUUGUCCUCAACACAUAUUGGAAUUACUGUGUUUGUUUACCUUGUGACGUCGUAAAUACAGAUCAAUAAAUGAUUUCCAUGCAUAGACUGUUACACCAGCAACCUCAGAAGUACUGUAUGUGGAGAGCAUGAAGUGUAUUUUAAUACAUUAUCCAAAUGCCUUUCCACUGCCUUUUGUACAAGUUGUAAGGUACAAGAUGAAAUAAAAAAUUCCUUUUUCAAAUA